CAGCAAAGUCCGCUCACUGACUUUGACCGCGUCACCACGGCGGCCAUGUUUACCUCUGUUGAACUGCGCUCAACGACAUGUCAGGUGCAACACCCGAUGCCAGUGACGAUGCUCCGAAACCCCCAAACACGACGAACGACUGCGGGGCGCCAGCGUCAUCGCGCGAACAUCGCACCUUGAAGUACUCGCUGCUCGGUCCCUCGCUGACGAAGGCCGGCCAGGAUUCGGUCGACCAGAAGAAGGUCGCCGAGAUUAUAUACAACGCGUCGAAAGGGAGCAAGUUCUUCAACAACGAGGAGGCUAGGGACAGAAAUCUUACCGAGAAAAUCAACAGGAUCCUGGCCAAGAAGCAUCAGUUGGAAAAGUUGGACCUAAGCCAUGAACUACGCAAGGCAGACGAAUAUAUCGCUGAGCUUGAGAUGAGCCGCGACCUGAGCCAAGUGGUGGUGCACAUAGACUGUGAUGCUUUCUAUGCAGCAGUUGAAGAGCUGGACAGACCGGAACUGAAAGAUGUCCCCAUGGCAGUCGGCAAGGGCGUUCUCACAACUUGCAAUUACCAUGCCCGGAAAUUCGGAUGUCGUUCUGGUAUGGCUGGUUUUGUGGCCAUGAAACUGUGCCCGCAGCUGAUCUGUCUCCCUCUCAAUUUCGAAAAGUACACUGCCAAAGCACAGGAAGUCCGAGCAGUCCUGGCAAAAUACGAUCCCCGCUUCGAGAGCGCAAGUGUCGACGAAGCAUAUCUUAACCUCACUCGGUACUGUGAGGAGCACUGCAUGGACCCCGAAGACGCAGUCCAGCAACUUCGAGCCGAGGUGCACGAAACGACGAAAAUCACCGUCUCUGCUGGCAUUGCUGCCAAUGCGAAAUUAGCUAAAAUAGCGAGCAACGUGAAUAAACCAAAUGGCCAAUUUCGAAUACCCAGCGACCGACAGAUCAUCAUGGAUUUCAUGCGGACAUUACCUACGAGAAAGGUGAAUGGCGUCGGGCGAGUAUUCGAGCGUGAGCUUGAUGCCAUCGGCAUCAAGACCUGCGGAGAUAUUUAUACGCAGCGCGCCUACCUUGCCCAACUCUUCGGGCAGAAGGCCUUCCAGUUCCUGGUGCAGUGCUACCUAGGGCUCGGUCGUACCAGAAUCCAGCCCGCAGAAGAGUACGAGCGGAAGAGUGUUGGCACGGAAUCGACCUUCCAUGAAAUAAGCGGCCCUGUCGCCCUUCGGAAUAAGCUGCGACACAUUGCCGAGGAGCUGGAAGGUGAUCUCAAGCGGACGGAAUACAAGGGCCGUACACUCUGCUUAAAGGUCAAGUUACAUACCUUUGAAGUGCUUACAAGGCAAACCACUUCGCCGUUUGCUAUACAAGCAGCAGAUGAUUUGUACAAGUACAGUUUGCCAAUGCUGGAGAAAUUGAUGAAGGAAAUACCAAACAUGACCCUGCGAUUGAUGGGACUGCGGGUUACGAACAUUGUUACCACAAAGAAACCUGGCAUAGACUUCUUUGGUCGGCGGAGGGCUUCAGCAUCAGCUACAAAAGAGAAACUCUCUCGAAAAGACACUGAGGACGGCGGAUGGGAAGUCUGGCCCGAGGCUGAGUUUGAAGAGGCAGCACGGCAGGAGCGUGAUGAUGAGAUGAACGCAUUGGAGCAGUUCAGCCAGGAGCAGCAGGGAAUUGAACCCAAAAACGGUCAGCAGCAGGAAAAGAUGCGGGAGAUCCCAUGGACCUGCCCGAUAUGCACGCUUCCGCAGCCUCCUGACGACAAAAGUUUCAACUCACAUAUUGACUUUUGUCUGUCCAAACAGACUAUCAAAGAGGCCGUCAAGGACACUACACCUCAUGAACCCAAUUCAAAGAUACCCUCAGCCGAAGGAAAAGGCAAACGCGGUCGACCUAAAAAAGAGCUCUCGAAUAUAAAUAAAGGGCGCGAAAAGAGACGAGCGUUCUUUUUUGCUACUGGAACCUGAACAUAUCGAUAUGUAUCACCUCACAAGUUUAUUGUCGGGCCACAGCCUGGCAUCUAACACUCUCCAUAUUGUCGCUCUUCUUUAAGUCUCGAGUCAUGAAACGAUGCCUUCGCGGGCGAUCCUUCAGAAGUUGGCCUUCCCCUCAUGUUCGCGUCGUGAUGAGAUGAUGGCUGGCAAUGAAA